GAGAAGGUCUCUGUGGUCUUUUUAACUAAAAAAAAAAAUGCAAUCUCCCGGCGAUUACUCCUCCAACGGAUUCAACGGCGAACAUCACCGUGAGAUUGAGUUGAAAGAGAAGCAUUUCCCCGGUCUCACCUCCUCAUUUGGCGGAGCCAAGAAGCGCAGUCGCGGCGUAGCUCCUGAACCUAGAGAUGGUCUCUCCAAUGGCGUUAGGGUUUCCGAUAAACUCGGCGAGGAGAAGUCACUGGAGACUCCUCCUCCUCCUCCUAAAUCUCCUCCGCCUUGCACCGACUUCGAUGUUGCCUACUUUCACUCAUAUGCUCACGUCGGGAUCCACGAAGAGAUGAUCAAGGAUAGGGCAAGGACGGAGACUUAUAGGGAAGCUAUAAUGCAGCAUCAAAGCUUCAUCCAAGGCAAGGUUGUGGUGGACGUUGGGUGUGGAACAGGCAUCCUUUCUAUCUUCUGUGCUCAAGCCGGUGCCAAACGGGUAUACGCUGUCGAUGCAAGUGAUAUUGCAGUCCAGGCACAGGAAGUUGUGAAAGCCAACGGUUUAUCUGACAAGGUCAUUGUUUUGCAUGGGAGAGUGGAGGAUGUUGAAAUCGACGAGGAGGUUGAUGUUAUAGUUUCAGAGUGGAUGGGUUACAUGCUCUUAUAUGAGAGUAUGCUUGGAAGUGUUAUUACAGCUAGAGAUCGCUGGUUGAAGCCUGGGGGUUUAAUUCUCCCAUCACAUGCAACAUUGUACAUGGCACCUAUUUCACACCCUGACAGAUACAGUCACAGCAUUGAUUUUUGGCGUAGCGUUUAUGGAAUCGACAUGUCUGCAAUGAUGCAAAUAGCUAAACAGUGUGCAUUUGAAGAACCUAGCGUGGAAUUGAUAUCAGGCGAGAACGUUUUAACAUGGCCAGAAGUGGUUAAACAUAUAGACUGUCAAACCAUAAAAAUCCAAGAGCUAGACUCCGUUAUUGCAAAUUAUAAAUUCAAGUCAAUGAUGAGAGCUCCUAUGCAUGGUUUUGCAUUCUGGUUUGACGUUGAAUUCAGCGGACCAACCUCUUCGCCUUCCAAGAGUACUAGUGCAAGUAGUGUUGCUAGUGGCUCUUCAUCCAUGAGUCCUUCUAGAGAAGGAAAUCAGAAGAAACGGAGUAAUCCGAGUGAUGCACUCGUGUUGUCCACCUCUCCUGAGGCUCCUCCAACGCAUUGGGAGCAAACGAUUGUAUAUUUCUAUGACCCAAUAGACGUAGAGCAAGACCAAGUCAUUGAAGGCUCCGUCACUCUUUCUCAAAGUAAAGAGAACCGGAGAUUCAUGAACAUCCACCUCGAAUAUUCGUGA